AUGGGACAGAUAGCACUUUCUAUGAUAACAAGGGCACUAGAUACUUUGCCAAGCAAUACCAAAGUAAAUCCAAGAGAGCAUGUUCAAGCAAUUACUACAAGAAGUGGGGUUCAAUUACUAGAAAUCAAUAUGAAGAGAUUAAAUGCGGACAAAGAAAUAGUGCCUCCUUCUGAUGAAGAGCAUGGUAAACAGAUUGACCAGACCAGAGAAACAACUAUAAAAAAAUGUUCAGAUAUACCACGGGCUAAAGCAACUGCUUCUGUCAAUCCAUUCGAGCCCCCAAUUCCAUUCCCUCAGAGAUUGAAGAAUUAUACAAAGUUCCUGAAAGAUAUCUUAAUGAAUAAAUGCAAGCUAGAGGAACAUGAGACGGUGAUGUUAACUGAAGAGUGCAGCGCUAGGAUCCAGAAAAAGCUCCCACAAAAAUUGAAAGAUUCAGGGAGUUUUAUUAUUCCUUGUACCAUUGGUGAAUUUUACUUAAUUAAAGCUUUGUGUGACCUUGGUGCUAGUAUUAAUUUGAUGUCACUCUCUAUUUUCAGGAAACUUGGAUUAGGAGAGCCUAAGCCAACUACGAUAACUCUACAGCUGGCUGAUUGA